AGUCACUCGAAAACCAACAUGUUGUUAUUGUCCAAGCGUGUGGUUCUGUUCCUAACUCUGCAUCUCUUCCAUGAAGUUGUACUGGGCUCUAAAAUGAAUCAUAGAAGGGUCCUAACCCAACAGGGUUAUGUCAGGGGAAUACGACAAGACAUCCAAACCAAUAACGGACAAGCAAAAACCGUUUACAAGUUCCUGGGCGUUCCUUAUGUUGAGAAGCCCAUUGGCGAUCUUCGCUUCAAGCCUCCACAAGCUCUUUCCACUCGAAGAUCAAGCGAUUAUGAUGCUACUUCUGUACGACCAAUAUGUAUGCAGGACGAAUAUUACUUUGAUUCAAUAAGAGGAGCGUGGCCUGAAUUUGACCCAAAAAGAGAUAUGAGCGAAGAUUGUCUAUACCUGAACAUCUACACUCAAAGCACAAGAGGUAAAAAGAAAUACCCAGUUAUCUUUUAUAUCCACGGAGGAGGAUAUUUUUCAGGUUCUCCUACUCGCGAUACCUCACCAGGCGAGUAUUUGCCCACACGCGGUGUGGUUCUCGUUACUAUCCAGUAUCGACUUGGACCAUUUGGAUUCUUCACUACUGGGGACUCAGAGGCACCUGGAAAUGUGGGUCUUCUUGACCAGGUAGAGGCCCUCAAGUGGGUUCAACGAAACAUCGAGGGUUUUUGUGGCGACAAGAACAGCGUGACUCUCCUUGGUGAAAGUGCAGGAGGAUCAAGUGUGGGUUUACACUACUUAUCACCUCUGUCUAGAGGACUGUUUCACCGAGGUAUUGCAGUGAGUGGUGUGGACUUGUGUCCUUUCGCCCACAAACCUAAGUCUACAGUUCUAGAAUACAGCAAGGAAUUAGUCAGGAAGGUUAACUGUUCGAAAGCCACCAGUCGACAAAUACUUCAGUGCUUAAAAUCAGUUUCAAGUGCCACCUUCUUUAAUAACAGGAUAUAUUGGCUGAUGCAACCGUUUGUCGACCAGCGCUUUCUGCCAGACGAACCAAAAAUAUUAAGAAAAAGAGGAAAGUUCUAUAAGCUUCCUUUAAUGUCAGGCUUUGUAAGCCAAGAAGGUUCUUUUGUUGUAGACUUGUAUUCAAAAAAUUACAAUACAACAUACAAUUCUACAGGUCUCGGAGAAUAUCUGGAUAAUGUCUUUCUGCCUAUUGAAUACAAUUGUAAAAAAGAUAAGGCCUACGUUGCUUAUAACGCUCUAAAAUUUCAAUACACACCAUGGGAUGACCUCAACAACCGUGCCAUGUUCCGUCACAAGCUUACAGAAAUGUGGUCCGAUUACUUUUUCAUUGCUCCAACCGAUGCUGCCUUGACCAUCCAUAGUGAUCACGGUGAUCCUACCUACAUGUUUGAGUUUGCUCAUCGCUCUAGAUACCAUCCAAAGCCUGAAUGGAUGGGCGUCAUCCACGAAGAUACAACAGCCUACAAGUUUGGUCUCCCGCUUCUUAACUCCAAAACAAGAUUAAAGUUUGACAAGAAAGAUAAAAAAGUCAGCGAUAUGGUAGUGACCAUGUUUACCAAUUUUGCUAAAUUUGGAAACCCGACCCCAAGACGUGUGCGUGGUUUGAAAUGGGACAACUUUGACUCGUCCAAGAAGGCUUACUUGAAGAUCAAGGAAAAUUCUGUCAUGACCAGCAAAUACCAUCCACUCAGAAUGGCCUUCUGGAAUUCAUAUUUUCUCACACUUCUCCCAAAGAAGCCGUUACCACCAUCUGGCGGAAAAGAUUCAGUCGUGAGUGACGCGGCUGUGAAUAUGAAUUAUGGCAAACUAAACUAACUUUUACCAAACUAGAUUAAAGAAGGUCCCUUGCACUUGAGAUUUUUAAAGAUUAAGCAUGCAAUGCAGUAUGAGAUUUAUGAAUUGUCGUCAUUUGGGAAUUAAACGAAAUUCCAAUUGCAUUAAUAAAGUAUUUGCAUCAUGAAA